UACGCGCUCCCGCGAAAAGCAGGCACGCGCUUAAAGGUGCGUUCACGGCGCGUAUCUACACAUACAGCACGACUCCGUAUCCAGCGUGUGAUUCAUCCUCGCAGUCCAUUCAAUUUUUAACUUGGAGCUGACCGACUCUCAGCCACCGCAAUGGCCUCUGGUGUAACGGUCACAGAUGAAGUUGUUGCAGUCUUCAAUGACAUGAAGGUGCGCAAGGCUCAGCAGAAUGAGGAUGAAAAGAAGAAAAGGAAGAAGAGUGUCAUGUUUUGCCUCAGUGACGACAAAAAGAAGAUUGUUUUGGAGUGUGGCAAAGAGAUCACGCUGGGAGACAUAGGCACCACAGUUGAUGACCCAUACCAUCACUUUGUGAAGAUGCUACCACUGAACGACUGCCGCUAUGCCCUCUAUGACGCCACCUAUGAGACCAAAGAAACUAAGAAAGAGGAUCUGGUCUUCAUCUUCUGGGCCCCAGAAAGUGCACCCUUGAAGAGCAAGAUGAUUUAUGCAAGCUCAAAAGAUGCUAUCAAGAGGAAAUUCACAGGUAUCAAACACGAGUGGCAGGUGAAUGGCUUGGAAGACAUCAAAGACCGACGCACCCUUGCUGAAAAGCUUGGUGGAAGCUCAGUAGUCAGCCUGGAGGGAUCCCCUUUAUAAUUGCUAUCCCCGGGCUUCAGACGAGGCCUUUCAGACACAUCAGUUGGGUUUAGCUGUUCAUUCCAGUGUGGUUUGGAUCAGGGCAAAAGCAGAACCAGCUAAGGGACUAUUGAGGGAGGGAAAUUGUGGGUAGGGGGUUAAAUGGCAGUUUAAAAAAAAGUCACAAAUGCACACUGUUGUACCUGUUCACACAACAUAAAAUAUGAAGACGACACAGGGGUAAAAUUGAGAUCCAGCAGAGGAAGGCUGUUAGCCAUUAAAUACAUGUUCAUGUUUAAGACCAGGGUGUAGUUCUUUCUGGGUUUGUUUGAAUGAUUGCAGAGAAAGGGACAAGCAACAACCUCUAGUAUUCAACCAUUCAAUCCUGAGAUGUCCCAACUACAGUGUUUGCCAAACUUAAGUUUUGUGUGUAGCUGAGAGUAAAUGUUCUAUCAGCAAACAUUCUGAAUAAGAUGUAACAAACACUUUCCUGGGGAAGCCCUGUUAAGUUCUACCCCUCCCUCCCCAUUUUAAAUAUGGAAUUUAUUUCUUCUCCCCAGUUCUGGGUCAAAAUGCUGACACUGAAGUAGUAAAACACACAUUCCUUGUACUUGUUAAAACCAGAUCUCAUGGGGUAAAAACUUGAUGUUGUGGUCUGAUGGGGAGAGACAUGUAUAUGGAGGACUGGCUUUAAGAGUGUAGAUUGAAUGGUGGAUGUUUCGUAUUGUCUCCUUGUCUCUAAUAAAAAGACGGUAAACUAA